ACUUGGGUGUCACAACCCGCGCGUAUAUAUACCUCGCCCACUUCUUCAGCAGCAUAGUCCAACUUGGCUCCAUCCUCAUCCAUACAACAAUGGCUUUUAAGAUCAUCAUCUUCUCCUGCCUGGUGGCUCUGGCCCGUGCGGGCGCGCCCGUUGCUGUGGCGGCUCCUCUUGCAGCGGCACCUGUGGUCGCUGCACCAGUGGCAGCCAGGCUCGAAGAGUUCGACCCCCUGCCUCAGUACAGAUUCGGAUACAACGUGGCCGACGCUUUGACUGGGGAUUACAAGAGCCAACAGGAGCAACGUGAUGGAGACUUAGUCCAAGGGUCGUACUCCCUCGUGGACCCUGACGGCACUCGCCGAACCGUCGAUUACUCCGCUGAUUCCGUCAACGGAUUCAAUGCGGUCGUGCGGAAGGAGCCGUUAGUCGCCGCCGCUCCAGCGGUCAUCGCCGAGCCAGCGGUUGUUCCCGCUCGUGUCGCCGCUGCGCCUGUCGCGGCUGCGCCUGUCGCCGUCGCGCCUGUCGCGGCCCCGCUUAAAUACACCGCUGCGUACACUGCCCCGUUCGCGUACACUGCACCAGUUGCCCCAGUUGCUAAAGUAGCUGCUUACACCGCGCCCGUGGCUUACACCGCCCCAGUAGCCAGGUUAGCUGCGUACUCUGCACCGUACGUCAGCCCCUACGCCAGAUUUGCCGCAGCACCAGUGUUAGUUUGAUUUACAACGAGAAGGAAUGACUGAUUCUUUAAAUGACCAAUAAAGUUUUUUAAUUAUGUCAAUUA